CCUAUUGCACUUUCUUGUGCAAUACAUGCGGUUUCGUGUUCUUUACUUCCUUUGACCCUCAAUAGUUUGCCCUAAUUCUCAAUCAGUUUUGUCAUUUUCGUGACUCGGAACCUAACUACAGAAAACAGGCAUUUCAAACAUGGCGGUGAGAGCGAAAUUUGAAAACAGCAAUGAAGUUGGGGUUUUCGCGAAGUUGACGAACGCGUAUUGCCUCGUGGGAAUCGGUGCUUCAGAGAACUUCUACAGUGUUUUUGAAGGUGAACUCUCAGAUGUAAUUCCUGUAAUUCGAACAUCAGUUGCAGGCGUUAGAAUUGUUGGGAGACUGUGUGUUGGUAACAGAAAUGGUCUUCUUGUACCAAAUACAACAACAGAUCAGGAACUUCAGCAUAUUCGAAAUGCCUUGCCUGAUUCAGUGAAGAUAACAAGAGUGGAGGAGAGACUUUCGGCGUUAGGAAAUGUAAUUGUCUGUAAUGACUAUGUUGCCCUUGUGCACCCUGAUUUAGACAGGGAAACUGAGGAAAUUUUAGCAGAUACCCUGAAGGUGGAGGUCUUUCGUCAGACUGUGGCAGGGAAUGUUUUAGUUGGGAGCUAUUGUGCUCUUAGUAAUAAUGGUGGCCUAGUCCAUCCAAGAACAGCUGUUGAAGAUCAAGAUGAGUUGUCAUCACUAUUACAAGUUCCUCUGGUGGCUGGGACAGUCAACAGAGGAAGUGAUGUCGUUGGAGCAGGAAUGGUUGUAAAUGACUGGGUUUCAUUUUGUGGACUGGACACUACAAGUACUGAACUGUCUGUGAUAGAAAGUGUAUUCAAGUUAGGAGAUGCUCAACCAUCAGCUAUUACCAGCAGUAUGAGAGCAUCACUGUUUGAGAGCAUGACAUAAACUGCAGGAAAAUUGAAGCAUAUUGAAGCACAUCAUAUUUGUACAACAACUUCCUCUCCAUGGAUAUGUUUAGUACAAGCUCCUAUUUAAUGACGCUAAUAAGUUUCCCGCCUCUUGAACAUCAGCUUCAAGGAGGUGGUUCCUGAAGAGAUGUCGUGGUUG